UCCAAAACCGUGUCAGUUCCCACGCACUCAACCAACCAUUCUUAUUUCGUUUCCUUUGGCUUCUUCUUUGGACUCUUCCUUUUCUCUCUUUCUCUCUCAAUUUUGCUUUUCCCUAUUCAUUUUCUGGGGCUGCCUUUCUGCAAUUACAGACAGCAUAGAUUACUUCAACAUGGUCUCUUGAUCGCGCUUUGCAUUUGGGUGGGAAAAAGAGAAGAACUCGGGGAGCUUAAAAAAUCGGUUUUGUUUUUGCUUUGCAUUUGGGUGUGAUCGAGUUCCUUCCCUUUCUCCUUUGAAAGGCAUCUGCAACCAUGCGAGUGUGGACCCUUUUGCUGCUGCUGCUGCUACUACUACUUAGGAGUGAUGCCGUGCACUCCGAUUCCGAGUACUUGAUUGGUGUUGGAAGCUAUGACAUUACUGGUCCUGCAGCUGAUGUCAAUAUGAUGGGUUAUGCUAACGCGGAGCAAAUUGCUUCUGGCGUUCACUUCAGGCUGCGGGCUAGAGCUUUUAUUGUUGCUCAGCCUGAGGGUAAUCGGGUAGUAUUCGUGAACCUCGAUGCUUGCAUGGCUUCUCAACUUGUGGUCAUCAAAGUGAUUGAGAGGCUGAAAGCAAGAUAUGGUGACCUUUACACCGAAAAGAAUGUGGCUAUUAGUGGAAUUCACACUCAUGCUGGUCCUGGGGGUUAUCUCCAAUAUGUCGUGUACAUUGUGACAUCUCUUGGAUUUGUUCGGCAGUCAUUUGAUGUCAUUGUCGAUGGCAUUGUUAAUAGUGUAGUCCAAGCCCAUGAAAAUCUCCGGCCGGGAUCAAUAUUUGUCAAUAAGGGAGAGCUAUUAGAUGCUGGUGUAAAUCGCAGUCCCAGUGCUUAUCUCAACAACCCUGAGGCAGAGAGAAGCAAAUACAAGUACAAUGUUGAUAAAGAAAUGACUUUGUUGAAGUUUGUUGAUGAUGAAUGGGGUCCUUCGGGAAGUUUCAAUUGGUUUGCUACUCAUGGUACUUCAAUGAGCCGAACAAACUCGUUAAUUAGUGGGGAUAAUAAGGGUGCAGCUGCACGAUUUAUGGAAGACUGGUUUGAGCGAAAAGGGUCUGUAAGAAUGGAUUCUGUUGGAUUUGAAAAUGAUGGAAUCCCUCGAAGAAUUUCAAACAUAAUUCCCAAUGUUCAUGAUACAUACCAUAAAUUACUGGAGAUUGCAGCCUCAUUCCAAUCUCCUCCCGGUAAACCGGCAACCAAAGUUUCAAGUGUGGCUCGACGUGUGAGAGGUGUCCUUAGGCAGGUCGACAAGCCUAAAUUUGUAUCUGCAUUUUGUCAAUCAAACUGUGGAGAUGUUAGUCCAAAUGUGCUCGGAGCUUUUUGUAUAGACACUAAACUACCUUGUGACUUCAAUCAUAGUACAUGUGGAGGAAAGAAUGAAUUGUGUUAUGGCCGAGGACCUGGUUAUCCAGACGAAUUUGAAAGUACACGUAUUAUAGGAGAGAGACAGUUUAAAAAAGCAGUGGAGCUAUUCAAUGCAGCAUCUGAACAGAUUAAAGGGAAGGUUGAUUUUCGACAUGCUUUCAUAGAUUUCUCUCAGCUUGAGGUAAAUCUUUCUAAAGUUGGUGUUUCUGAGGUCGUAAAAACAUGCCCUGCUGCAAUGGGAUUCGCAUUUGCUGCUGGAACAACAGAUGGACCUGGAGCUUUUGACUUUAAGCAAGGUGAUGAUCAGGGAAAUCCUUUCUGGAAGCUGGUCCGCAACUUAAUUAAAACACCAGGCAAGGAGCAAAUGGACUGUCAACACCCAAAGCCCAUUUUGCUUGAUACCGGCGAAAUGAAGCUACCAUAUGAUUGGGCACCUUCAAUACUUCCAAUCCAGAUCCUCCGAGUUGGGCAGUUUGUUAUUCUUAGUGUACCUGGAGAAUUCACAACAAUGGCUGGGAGGCGACUUCGUGAUGCAGUCAGAACAGUUCUAAGUGGCAACAAAGGCUUCGGUAGCAACAUUCAUGUUGUUAUAGCGGGGUUGACCAAUACUUAUUCACAGUAUGUGACUACUUACGAAGAGUACGAGAUGCAGAGAUAUGAGGGUGCUUCCACACUGUACGGUCCACACACACUGAGUGCUUACAUUCAGGAGUUUACAAAGCUUGCGCGUGCUCUCAUCAGUGGUCAGCCUGUAGAACCAGGUCCUCAGCCCCCAGAUCUCUUAGAUAAGCAAAUAAGCCUCUUAACUCCAGUUGUGAUGGAUGCAACUCCUAUUGGUGUGAAGUUCGGGGAUUGUAGUUCUGAUGUUCCCAAGAACUCCACUUUUAAGCGAGGUGACAUGGUGUCUGUCACUUUCUGGUCUGCAUGCCCUCGUAAUGACCUUAUGACUGAAGGUACAUUUUCCCUGGUGGAAUUUCUCCAAGCAAAGACUACUUGGGUUUCUGCUUAUGAUGAUGAUGAUUUUUGCUUGCGCUUCAAAUGGUCAAGACCUUUCAAACUCAGUUCUCACAGUAAAGCCACCAUAGAAUGGAGAAUCCCGCAGGAUGCUGCUCCUGGUAUAUACAGAAUCAAACAUUUUGGUGCUGCAAAAGGUUUAUUGGGGUCAAUUCGUCACUUUACAGGUUCAUCUAGUGCAUUUGUAGUUGCAUAGCAAAGGGAGGGAUACUAUUUGAUGAUCAUACAUGUUCAAUGGUCUGUAUUCUAUUAGAGAACUGAAUUGCAGCACACUGCAUUAAAUCAAGGAUGAUUCCAUCGGUUAUUAUUUCUUA